AUGCUGAAGUCUAUCAUCUCGACAUCCCUGGUCCUCCUGGCCGCAGUGGCGAAUGGCCAGACCACACCCACGCCACCGGGCCUCGAAUUCCUGUACUCGCUGAACUGCACCCUGGGCGACCAGUUCAGCACCGGCGUCGGCCCAUACGGUGAGGUGCGCGUGAUCCCCAUCACGGGAGGAACCUUUGAGGGGCCAAAGAUCAAGGGUAAGUCUGAUGGUCGGGGCCACUCGUGUGCUGUGCCCGUGUGUCUGGUUGGCUCAGUUCUCACCAUACAUACACUCUUCGCAGGGGAGGUGCUCGACCUCGGUGCGGACUGGAACUACCUCGACAACCGUGGUGUCACGCACCCGGACACGAGGUACUCGCUGAGGACCGACGACGGGGAGAACAUCUACAUCAAGACGGCGGGGUCGGACCAGGGCGACGGCACUGCGCACCUCCGGGGCAUCUAUGAGACGGGCUCUGAGAAGUACUUCUGGCUCAACUACAUCACGGCCGUCGGCAUCCUGCGCGGUGGUGCAGGCAACUAUGUCUUGAUCGAUAUGUGGUACAUCACCACACCCCCGAACGGAACUGUCUCGGGUGCUUGA